AUGGAGUGGUUAGGGAGAGCCAAGAUCGAAUUCACACAUUCGCCAACCCCGAGGACAAUCAAGGAGAAAGACGGCCACGAGACAGACCUGCUCAAGAUCUGCGAGUCCAACACGCCGCCAUGCCACCUCAACCCACUGCUGUUCAACGGCCAUGUGCAGACAAUGUGGACGGCAACGAAGCCACACGGGCCACUCAUGUACUACAAGCGCAAGGUCUUCCAGGCCGAGCACGAGGCCUAUGAGGGAUCCUUUGCCGUCGAUUUCGUCGUGGAGCCUCACGAGGGCCGAGACGAGGGCUUGCCGCCCCGAACCGUGCAUUACUCAGACGAAGAAUUCGCCAGUAUCGGGUCGGAUGAUGCGAAGCCGAUGCUCGUGGUGCUGCAUGGCCUCUCAGGCGGCUCUCAUGAGGUGUACUUGAGACACACGGUUGCUCCUCUGCCAGAGCAGGGCUGGGAGAUUUGCGUGGUCAACUCUCGGGGUUGCGCAGGCAGCAAAAUCACCAGCGGCAUCUUGUACAAUGCCCGCGCAACCUGGGAUAUCAGACAGACAAUCAGGUGGUUGAAAAGGACAUUUCCAAACCGCCCACUCUUUGGCAUUGGCUUCUCACUCGGUGCAAACAUCAUCACCAACUACUGCGGUGAAGAGGGUUUGGAUUGCCCCCUCAAAGCCGCCAUUGCCGUGUCAAACCCGUUCAGUCUAGACAUCGCCAGCAAAACAAUGUCAAACACGCUCAUCGGCAAAGAACUCUACCUUCGAGUACUGGGCACUGCCAUGAAGUCAUUGAUUGAGCGGCAUAAGAAGGAGCUCAAGCAGCACACCAAAUUGAAUCUGGAUGCUAUCGCCAACACCACAUAUUUAUACGAGUUUGAUCGGGAGAUUCAAUGUCCGACCUGGGGAUAUCCCACCGAAUCUGCGUAUUACCGCGACGCAUCCUCGACAGACGCCAUCCUCGCCAUCAAGAUCCCGUUUCUAGCGAUUUCGGCCACUGAUGACCCCAUCGCGGUCAAAGAAGCUAUCCCCUUUGAAGAGUUCCGCCAGAACCCCAACACCAUCCUGCUCACCACCUCCUUGGGCGGACACCUGUGUUGGUUUGAACCUGGCGGAACUCGCUGGAACACUCGUCCGGUGUGCAACUUUCUCAACCACAUGGCAUACAAGGUCGAUCUCGACAGCCUCGUGCCAACGGAUUACCCACCCAGGGAGAAGGCUUUUGCGGCCUCCGAGUACGAUCCAAUGAGACGUAAGAUGUACAUUGUGCGGAAUUAG